AUGUCUACCGUUCGGGGGGCCCUAAUGACAUCCAUCGCGAUCGUCUCAGGUGGAUUCUUGCUAGGGCAAUACCUUCAACCGGAUACUCGGACUAGCUCGAUCCCACCACUGCCGAACACUCAAACUGAUGAUCCGGAGGACGGCUCUUUCUCCGAAUCCGACCUGGCUCGCUUACCACUCUCCGAACUCAAUCGACACUUACAAAACCUAGAUGCACUCAAGCGCAACGUCGAGGCUGAACGUUCCAUAAUAUUGAAUAAGCUUGUCGAGGUAGACCGACGCAUUGAUCUAGCCAAUCGUGCUUCUUCAUCCAAUUCAUAG